AUGGGUGCCGUAGUAUCCUGCAUCAAGUCCGUCUUCCAGUCGAUAGGCGCCUGCCUCAUGGCCGUCGUCAACGCCAUCGGCUCCAUCUUCCACGCCAUCAUCAACGGCAUCGUCUCCGUCUUCAACAUCAUCAUCUCUUGCCUCACAUGCGGCCGGGCGGGGCGGAGGAGAGGGACGACGAGUAGAGUCUAG